CAGGAAUCAUAAGACUUUAGUUUUGAGAUAUCCUCCAAGCUAAAUGCCCGCGUUCUGUUUUUUACCACUUUAUCUUGAACAUCACACUCAUGGCGAUCCAAAGGCAUUUUCAGCACAAUGUCGCAGCGGGCACAUAUAGUCGGCGCCCCCGAUCCACACUGUACAGGUGUAGACGCCGCGGCUAGUCUGGAUCUGGCCGUCUCAGAUCACGUGGGGGAGAGUCUGGACUGCUGCUCCCAGCCGCCGUAACGAGGGACGGCCCCGAGCUGAGAGGAAUCAGGAUGAGAAGGCAGAGCAGCACCGCGAUCUUGCAGGGCGCUGCAAGGUUGGUAGCGAGUCUGGGAUUACACCCACCCAUAUUGUUCGGGUCUCUGUAAUGCUACCCACCUAUCACAACCAUGUCCGCCGACACGAGGCACGCUGUCACUGCUCAUGGACGGAGCCAACGUUGCGAUGCAGCGAAAACAGGUCCCUCAGCCGAGGAAUGGGAUCUCCACAAAGCCACUAUAAUUAAUCUAUACAAGACGAUGAAGUGGCAGGAUAUGGACGAGAUUAUGAGAAAUAAGUACCGUUUUCAUGCCAGCAAGCGCAUGUACAAUCAGCGCUUUCGGCAGUGGAGCAUAUCCAAGUAUCUGAAAACCAGUGAUAAGGAUGUCCUCAUGCAGAAGUGCGGGAAUAGUGUGAAAGAGCUUGGUGAGCGCCUCAAGGCAGGCCAUAUAAACAAGCAGGAGUACGAUAGGACACUGCGGUGGUUCAAGUCCAUCCAGCCCGUUUAUCCAACACGCCCUAUAUCCUCGAACGAGAAAGUAAUCAGAACUGAGAGGAUCUUACAGAGUUUGAGACACUACUAUCAUAAACUAGCGGAAGACGAGACAAAAGGUGGUCGCAACGACUGCUUUUUUAACUUGGAUUCGUCUAAGGAAUCCAGCGACCUUUGGUUUGGUAUUCUUAGAGGCAUCAAAAGCCUCGACUCGGCCAAUGAUCCGACGAAGAUUGCCAGAGCCAGCUCAAGAGAGAGCGCGGCUGCAAUUCAGGCACAGGCGAUAGCUACGAACGAGGCUGUCUUUAGCAUGCUCAGGCACGUUGGUGUGCUUGCGGCAGCAGCCAUGUUGAAGCAACCUUUAGAUUUCUUGUGUGAGCUGCUCAUCGAAACGAGCGCCAUCAAAAGCAAGGAAUGGUCCAAGAUUCGUGGUAUCAUCCUCCGCUUCUUUAACCAAGAAGCCACUAGGGUAUUCUGUUUUGAGCAUCCUAUUGCUGUCCUAUGCCGCGAACUGCAAAAAGACGGUCACUACAUGGAUGUUGCGACUCGCAGUAUAGUUUGUAUAAGAGAUGUUUGCGACGAACUCUGGGGGAAACGAUCCAUUCUAGCAUUUAAAAGUCAGAAAGCCUUGUACACAGCAACCUUGAAGUCUCUGGACUUGAAGAAAGCGGCCAAGAUUGGCAAAGAUCUGUUGGUGUCGAGUGAGGAAAUCUGGGGCACCGAAUCACAGCAAGCUCGCAUAUCACGAUUCCGCCUCGGUCAGCUACACGUGAUAGAAAACGAGUUUUCUCAUGCUGCAGGAAAAUCUGAUCGGGCUGUUGUCGAGAAUGCUCUUCAGUAUCUUCACGAUGUCAUCCGGUUGCCUCCAUCCGGGGUCACAUCCGGGCCUAGAUCCGGACUACUCGAAGAUGAGACAACAUUGGGUGCAAUGGCAGAUAUCGCGUUUCUCCAUAACAGGUGCGGCAAUGACGCGGAAGCAUUGGCUUGGUAUCAAAAGACUGCAGAGAUGAGCAGGCGAAUCUGCGAGCCAGGAUCCAAUGUCACGAAAGCGGCGAUCGAAGAAGUCAUCGCCAAGCUGAAAGAGAUGAGCAAGUUGGAUCAAGCUGUAGCUUGGGAGGAAAUUCUGAAACAUUGCGAGUCGGCUGCACAGAAUCGUAGUACUUAGCAUAUACCCCCUAUGGGUAAAGAGGAACUUCAUCUGGAUCAGAGAAGUGUGCAUUUUUGGGAGUUGUCCAUUCAAGAUUUUCUGGUGCGGAUCUGGACAUCAAACACGGUCAUUUCCGAUCAAGCAUUGGCCAACACGCCAUAACGAGUAAUGAUUCUACUGGUAUCGUAUAUAUGCAUAUUUACAAAAUUUCUCAGGCCGACUC